UGUCCUAUGCGAUAUUGGGUGUCUUACGUUUAGUAUGCGCGCUCGAGCUUGAAGCUGCGACGGCGGACGACUGAGCAAGUUGUACACCCUCACGAGCCGCCGACCGCGGGAUUCGGAAGCAUUAGAAGAGAACGCUCACUUCUCGCUAUAUCAGGAAGGGCGCAUCAAGCGCAUCAUUUCUUCGGACGCUCACGCAUCACACCCCGCGGCAGUUUCGGCAAGGUUCGUUCCUACGCGUAAACAUGGCCGCUGCAGCAUUCCUCAGGCAAGGCAAGAAGAUCGUUGCCAUCGGUCGCAACUACGCCGACCACGUCAAAGAGCUCAACAACGCCAUCCCGAAGGAGCCCUUCUUCUUCCUGAAGCCGACAACUAGCUAUCUACCCUCGGUCGAGCUUGGCCUGGUCAUCGGCAAGCACGGCCGGGACAUCACUCAAGCCGAUGCGGACUCUUACAUCGCGGGUUAUGCCCUCGCCGUCGACAUGACCGCGCGAAACCUCCAAGACGAGGUUAAGAAGAAGGGCCUUCCAUGGAGCGCCGUCAAGGGCUUCGACACGUUCACGCCCGUGAGCUCCUUCGUGCCGCGCUCCGAGGUCGCUGAUGCCCAGAACCUCAACCUCUCGUUGAAGGCAAGUCCGCGCGCGUAGGAGCUUAUUGUAC